AAGUCCCACGACUGUCUCGUCAUCCACAUCCGAAGGGACAAGCACAAAUGCUCAAGUCACAGACACAUCAUCUUCAGGAACUUCUACAAGUUCAAAUCCCAUGACUGUGUUGACAUCCACAUCUGAAGGGGUGAGCACAACUGGUCAAGUAACAAACCCAACAGCUUCAGCAACUUCUCCAAUCUCAAAACCUACGACAUCCACAUCUGAAGGGACAAGCACAAAUGAUCCAUCAACUGACACAACUGGUUCAGGAACCUCUGCAUGGUCAAGUCCAAGUACAUCCACACCAUUCCCAGCAAGCACUACACCAACAUCAACACCAACUCCAGCAAAUACAACACCAAUGUCUACGUCCACAACAGCAACAUCCACAAUGUCGACAUCAUCACCAACUCCAACAACUAUGACAUCAACACUAUCCCCAACACCAGUAUCCACAACACCAACAACUACAUCAACAACAACACAGAAGCCCAUCCAGUGUGAAAAUGGUGGAACCCCAAACGAGGACAAUCGAUCUUGCCUGUGUCCUCCUCUUUUCACCGGUCGCACAUGUGCGGUUAUCAACAGCAUCAUUUCUCCAGAGACGCUCAAGAGGACAGUUCAGACAACAAUUGAAGUUAAAAAGAUGUUCAUACCAGAAUAUGAAGAUAUAACUUCAAACGAAUAUAAGACGUUUUCAAAAACUUUCAAAGACGAGAUGACUGCCAUAUAUGCCAACAAAGUGAUAAACUUCAAAGAAGUGGUGAACAUCACUCUGAAGGCUUCCACAGGUGGUGCUUCCAGGACCAGAAGGACUUUGUUUAGUGGGAUUUCUGUAAAAGAUACGACCAGUAAAAAUGUAAGUGCUUCACACGAUAUCGUUGUGGAGGUUCCCAACGACAAAGAGUCUGAAGAGGCCUUUGAUGAAACCUUUGAACAGGUUAAAGAGACUCUCGAUGCUGUGGGAAACUGUUCAACACCAGCUAACAUUACAGGUUGUCCAUCAUUUGGAGUUGGAAAAGUCGAACCCCCGACGCCGGUGGCACUUAAUGAAAGUGCUUUCUGCAGGUCCGAGGUGGAGCCUGGUUUUGAGAAGUACUUUUCUCCCGUCCAGGUGAACGGGAAGCUCACCUGCAUCUCCCCGUGUGAACCAGCCCAUCCUCAACCCAAAGGGUGCCAGAACGACGGCACCUGUGAGGUGUUAAGAGAGGGACCCACCUGCUACUGCAGACACACAGAGCAGAACUGGUACCUGGGCUCUGACUGUAGCUACCCCGUGCACAAGGUUGGGUUCUACGCCGGCCUAGGGGCGUGUGCUGCUCUUCUGGUGGCCUCAGUCGGCGUGCUGUCUGCUUGCGUCAUACUGAAGCACAGGAAGCAGAAUCGGGAGAAUGACAUGAAGAAUGAGCUGGUGAAUCAGUGGAUGGAGGAUGACUUUGAGUGGCCCACCUCUGGCAGAACAUCACACACACCGUCAGCAGGGGCGAAUGCCAACCCUGCCUAUCAGAGUGGGAGUUUGUACACGCAGCAGGGACUGGGUCUACCAGGCCUCCAGUCUAGGCCAGCACCGGGCCAGAUGAGGGCCAGAACCGACCCACACUGGGCUUCUCUACAGCAGGGGCCCUCACACAGAACCGACCCACACUGGGCUCCCCUACAGCAGGGGCCCUCACACAGAACCGACCCACACUGGGCUCCCCUACAGCAGGGGCCCUCACACAGAACCGACCCACACUGGACUUCCCUCCGGACCCCCUCUAUUAGCUCUUUUGACAUUUAGCGUCUCUAGCUAACGGAUCUGCUAUGUCACAAUUAAUGGAUCAAUGGCAAUAUCUCACCCAUGUCAACAACUCUUCAACACUGCUGUUUGCCAAAGAACAAAUUGAUUAUUAGACAGUUAAUCAUAUUAUUAAAACCACAUCAGUUCUUUACUGAUUGCUGGUCAUGAUGAUACGCUGCUGUACUUGUAAAUGUGUGAUGAACAGUUACUUACUCAAUAUACAUAUAUGAUAUAAUAUCAAUUUACUAAAUACUACAAUAUAUGAUAUAAUAUCAAUUUACUAAAUACUACAAUAUAGAAUACUGAAGUAUACUGAAACUGCAGGUUAUCUAAUCGUAGAAACCCUCGGCCACAUAAAGUAUUUAUUUAUAUAGCCAUUCAGGGUCAUUUCCCCUUUUAUUUAUCAAUGAGUCGCCUGUGGCUUAUGUUGUUGACUUUUGUGUUUAUUUUUAAAUUUAACUUAAUGUAUGUUAUGUCUGAUGCUAUAUAAUGUAUUAGGACUUGUAUUAUUGAGGAUCACCUGCUUAAAUAAAAAUGCAUCAUCUAAGAAUCUG